GUAAAGUGUGGUCAUGAAACGGUGUUAAUUUGAUGUGAUGAACGCAACUCAAGCCCCUCCCACAGCCUUUUGAGCCAAUGGGAAGACGUGUCAGUACUCAGCCCUUGAGUCCCAAUGCGACAGAUCAUCCUUUGAGGUUUCUCAGAUGCAUUACUGCAGUACUCGGGGUGGGGUCCGGGGAUGGGACUUCCGGGAUGUGCUGUUUUCAGGUUACGCUCCAGACGGGGGGAUGUUCAUGCCGGAGACUGUGCCCCCGCUGAGCUCAGACACCCUGAGGGGUUGGAGGGGGCUGCCCUACACCAAACUGGUGGUGGAGGUUGCCUCACUGUUCAUCCCCACUCAGCAGAUCCCCAGAGAAGACCUGGAGGUUCUAGUAGGAGAAGCCCUGUCUGGUUUCUCAGUGCCUGAAGUGGUCAGGAUUGCCCGGCUAAAGGAUGGUCUGUCUGUCCUGGAGCUCUUCUAUGGAGACACCUUAGCAUUUAAGGACCUGGCUAUGACCUGCACUGUGCGCUUCCUAAACUAUUUUUUGCAAAAAGAGAAUCACAGAGCAACUGUUGUUGUAGGUACAUCAGGAGACACAGGAGGCUCAGCCAUCCAGAGUGCUAAAGGUCUCAGUGGGUUGGAUGUGUUGGUGGUUUACCCCCGUGGACGCGUCACUCCAGUCCAAGAGAAACACAUGAUCACCUGUCUGAAGGAUAAUAUCCAUGUAUUUGCAGCGGACGGCAGCUCAGAUGACAUAGAUCAGCCUCUGCGCCGUCUGUUUGCAGACCCGGAACUGGUCAGGUCUCAUGGCCUCAUGAGCCUCAACUCGGUCAACUGGUCUCGGGUCAUGAUCCAGCUUGCCCACUUCAUCUAUGCUUACCUUGAGCUCAGUGGUAUGGAGCAGAUGGAGGCUGAUGGAGACCUGCCUGAGCUGGAAGUGGUAGUGCCCACUGGAGGGGCAGGAAACAUUGCAGCUGGUUACAUUGUAAAGCAGAUGGGAGUGCCCCUGAAGCUGGUUGCCAUGGUGAAUUCUAAUGACAUAGUGCACAGGACGGUAACCACUGGUGACUUUUCCAUGGCAGCUGAUGUCACACAAACUUUAGCCCCUGCCAUAGACAUCCAGGACCCGUACAACAUGGAGCGAGUGUUCUGGCUGCUGCUGGACAGAGAUGGAGCCUCAGUGAAGAACAUGAUGGAGGAGUUUCAGCAGUCACAUAGACUGUCUCUGCCUGAAAACCACCGCAGAUUGCUGUCACAGGUUUUAUCAACUGGAACAGUGACUGAUGAAGGCAUCCUGGAGACCAUGAGGAGAUGCUGGGAGGAAAAUCAGUAUGUGCUGUGUCCACACACAGCUGUGGCUGUAUGGCAUCACUACCACUGUCCUCACAGCCCCACGCUCAACAGAUGUUAUGUUGCAACAGCAUCUCCAGCCAAGUUUAAGGCAGCGGUGGAGAAGGCUGGCCUGACCUUUGACCUACCUGAGACAGUGCUGGCACUGGACAAGCUGGCCACCCGUUACGAGAACCUGGAGCGGAAUCCAAACUGGUGCAAAGACUGGGAGGACAGGCUGAGAGAGAAAAUCCAGUCUGUGAGUUCAGUCAGGAAAAACAGGGGGACUUACUACAUCUGAUCAGAAAAGAUGUUGUUAGACGGUGAAAUGGUUUCAUACAUCCUGACUGGAUGCUGCAUGUGGGUGAUCAGGUGAGGCGGCCUGUCCUUGAUCUGUGCACUUCUUUAUCUGAAUGCAGUAAAUUGCCUUAAAGCUUUUCUGAUGGACUUUGGUCUGCACUGGCACACAGUGUGUCUUCUUGUUUGUUCAGUGAUGUAAUACACCAGAAAGCAAUCAGCUACUCACAAUGUUCAAUCUUUCUGCGACAAAUUUUAUGUGAAAGAAUAAAGUAGUUUUCUAACUGUCUCAAACACAA